GGGAGGCGGCUGGCUUUAAAUGGGGGCCGUCCGGCGGCUCGCGAUCAGAUUCUGCCUCGGGCGGGGGUAGCGAGCGAGGACCUCUCUUCCCCGCGCCGAAGAUCGGUGGGGGCCGCCGCCAGGCAAGUUCGCCCCGGGAGCGGGAGCCGCGGGCCGAGAUGCUCCUCCGGGAUCUGGUGCUGCGCCGAGGCUGCUGCUGGCCGUCACUGCUGCUGCACUGCGCGCUCCACCCGCUCUGGGGCUUCGUGCAGGUGACGCACGGCGAGCCCCAGAAGUCCUGCUCCAAGGUGACCGACAGCUGUCAACACGUCUGCCAGUGCCGGCCCCCGCCCCCGCUGCCGCCGCCCCCGCCGCCCCCGCCGCCUCCCAGACUCCUCUCCGCCCCGGCUCCCAACGCUACCUCGUGUCCUGCGGAGGAGAGCUGGUGGUCAGGGCUGGUGAUUGUCAUCGCGGUAUGCUGCGCCUCCCUGGUAUUUCUCACUGUGCUUGUCAUCAUCUGCUACAAAGCCAUCAAGAGGAACCAGGCCAUGUAGGCAGCCGUGUGUGCCCAGCUUUUCCUGCACCCAGGCAGAAAGGUGUUUUUCUGGUUUAGCAGGAACCAGAGGUGGCUCAAAGGGGGCCGGGCUGGGUCCCCACCAGCCCCCCUGGCACUCAGGAGCCCCCUGGGGUGCACACUAGGUAGGAAGUCUCUGCAGACUGGAGACCACUGGCAACAGGAGCAGCUCUGCGCUGACCCCUUUCCAGCUGUAUCAUACUGAGAACUAACAUGCACUUAUGGAGCACUUACUGUAUGCCAGAUGCUCCUUGAGGGGCUUGACAUGCAUUAACAUAUUUAAUCCUCCCCAUAGGUCUAUGAAAUGGACCCCGUUAUUGUGCCCGUUUUAUAGACCAGGAAACCGAGGCAUGGUGAGGUUAAGUGACUUGUCCAAAGUUACACAGCUAGAAGGUGGGAGAGCUGGGUUUAGUGAGCCAGACAUCUGCUUCCCAGCCCUUCCGCAGCAUCACCCUGAAGUGCUGUGCUGAGAGAGAGGUUGGGGAUGGGGGUAGGUGUUCAAGACAGAGCAUUGUCCUACUGUAGGUAAAACUCCAAUGUCCACCAGGCUCCAGUGAAUCAUGGAAGGGCUUCGGGGAGUGGGCUGGGGCAGCAGCCCAGGGAGCAGAGUGGCUGACAACUCAGCUCCAUGGGGGAGGGGAGCAGACCAAGUGUGCUUCUCAGGAGAGUCCUUGGGACAGCCCAUUCUCCCCUCGCCCCGCCCAGGCUCUUGGACUGCUCCUGAGAGGUGCUGCGCUAACCAAAAGUUGCCCUCUUUGCUGGAUGGAGCCCCCACUGAGACCCCCUUUCCUGUCUGGGAAGCUGGCUGAGCCAUUGAGAAGGCCCUGGGACUCUCUACUGGUCCUGACCCCAGUGUCCCUCCAGCCGCCGUCCUCUCCACCCAAGUCCCAGGAAUGGGGGUCUCGCAGCCAGCAGCCUGGCUUUAGAAAUGUCCCUUCUCCUCAUGGAGGAAGGAAUACUGCUCAUUUCCUACCCCCUCCCUAAAAAGGGCUGAACUGUGUGCCCUCCAGGCUCUACCCAUCUCCAUUUAAGUUCCAGGACCCCUUCAUCUUGGCAUUAUCUACCCUCAAAGGCCCUUAAGCCUCAUCUCCCCUGUCCUUACCCAUUUCAGUUGACUUUUCAGACCUAGCCCAAGACUGAAUAUUUAUUAGGGAGAAAAGCAGAGAAAUCUUUGGGCCCAGAGAUUUUUGGGGGAAGAGGGGGCAGAGAUUUUUUACUUUAUUUUCUGGAAUUCUGAUUCUGAUGAAAUCCCUCUGUAUUGAUGAUAAAUUUAGGAAUGUCAGUUAAGUCCCUCAGGGGCCUCAUGUUGGGGGCCACACAGGAUCUCACUGUAAGAAAAUGCAACCCACACCCCCAAUUUUCAGGUCAGGUAGAACUCACUGAGUCAGAAUCAAACCCACACAGCAAGGUCAAAAGUACUUGAGGCCCCUGGAAAGGGAUAGGUGGGAGGGAGGAAGGGUAAGAGAAACAGAGGGAGAAAGGCCUGGGGGAGAGGGAGACUCAAAGCCUGUCAUUUCCAGGAGCCCAUCACAAACAAGGCAACUCUUCUGAGCCUUUUCUGAGUUCCAGAAAGUGUCUGUGAGCAUCUAUAGAAAUGGGGUUUGGGGGACCCUAGAACACAGCAUGUGCUGGGUUAAAGCAAAAUGAGACAGGCUUCUGGGAGCAGAGUCUUGAGAACCUAGGGGAAUCUCCAAGAGGAGGGUGGAGGAGGGCCUUCCCAAGGUGAUUGGACUACAGGGCCCAUUUGGGGAUGGAGGGUGGGGGAGGCCCGCUUUAUCAUCAGUAGCAGCAGAAUGGUGAUUCAGUAGAAAGAUGUUUGGAUCAAGACAUGGUAGGAGUGAGUGGUGCUCCAAGCCUCACCACAUACAGGUGGGUGGGGUAGGGGGUGGUCAUCGGGCAAGUCACAGCUUUCCCAAAGCCUCAGCUUCCCUAUGAAAUGAAUCUCGCAACUUCAGGUCUGGCUUCUUCAGGGGACCAUUGUGAGAGGGGACAAGAGUGUGGCUGCUCAUCAUGUUGCCUCUGAACAGGCCUGAUAGUCCCGUCCCCAUGAAACUACUGAUAACCACCUCACAGACCCUCCCUCCCCUCAACUAAUCGCCAACAACCUUAUCCCAUAGGCAUCAAGCUGUCUGCCUACCAGUCCUCCUGCUGGGUUUGGGGAGGCGCUAGGGACAUUUGAGAAGGCUUUCAAUCAAUCCCUAGGCUUUCAACGAUGACCUAAACAUUCAGUUUAGACAACACACAAUGAAGGCCAGUUCAGGCUCAGCCCCAAUGUUUUUGGGGAUACAGGAGGUGACCGAGCUGCCACCUCUUGGGCCUCAGGUCCACCCAAGAGACAGCAGGAUUGUGCCAUGGGGUUGGGCUACACAGCCUAUAUGGUGUGGACCCAUCAGGAGGCUGUGGUCACUCAGGCCUGGGGCUGGGAGCUGAAGUCCUCCUGAAUGACCAAGAGAGGAGGUGGGAUCUGAGCCAGGCCAGAAAGCAGUGCUGCGAAUUCAGAGUCUCAGCAAGUGAGCACAAGCCUUCUCAGAGUUUCCCUCCCAGCCUUCCCCAUGCCCGGCGUGCCUAGGAGGAAUGGCUCCUGGGGUUAUAGGGCCUUUGGAAUGAGCUUCCAAUGAUGCGACGUGAAGUGUUUGAGAACCACGGGUGUGCACUGAUUUAGUUUGGACAUUCACCAUCACUAUCACCACUGUCUCCCUCUCUGCCAUCACCAUGAUGAUCACUGCCAUCCACUAUGCCACCGUUUCUGUUACCGCUGUCAUCACCACCAUCCACCACCAUC